AUGAGAGCAAUGAAAACUCAAAGAGGCCUGACUCAAGGCCGUGGAUUUUCUUAUGCCUCUUUGGCCAGAUGGAUAUCAAGUAUGUCAUCGUGUAUCCCUAUUGGUAUAUCUUUAGAAGAGUUUGUUCAAGUAAAGUCAAUAUCUUCAGAUCAACAUAUUGAAUUAACAAAUGCCCGACAACGCCGAAAUGAAAGUGAUUUAAAAAAAAUUCUAGAGUGGCUACAAGAUCACAACCCCUUCAAAUGUUCAGAGCUUUUGUCUAUUUCAACAGGAAUUAUUGCUUCUCCUGAUGUAAAUUGUGAUAAAGCUCAGGAAAUCGGAGAAGUCAUUUUCAAUAGUCACAUUGAGAAACAUUUUACUGAUAUUCAGUGUAAAAGAAAGGACAAUAUCAAAAAUUUGGCUUCUAUGAAUAGUAGCAUCAAGCUACAUAAUACAUAUAUAGACUUCAACCCGAUGCAACUUUUCAACAGAAUAAUUUGUUCAAAUAAAACACCAGAAGAAAUAAAACAUUGCUUCAAAUAUGAGUUGUCGCCAUAUCCUUUAUCACUUUUUAAAGAUGGUAAUCUAAGAAAAGGAACAAAAUCUCAACUUCUUCAGGAGCUUGAUAAGAUCUAUAAGCCAGAAAGUAUGCCCCAUUCAGACACUGUUUAUGUUAUAGAUGGAGGAUUUCUGCUACACAAAGUCUCAUGGCAAAAAUCAGCCUCAUAUAAUGACAUCUUCCUUCAAUAUGUAAAUUAUGUUAUUCACAACUAUAACAAGGAUUGUGUCAUAGUCUUCGACGGCUACACGAAAGAGGUUAUAUCAACCAAAGAAAGUUUACAACGAUGCAGAUCAAAGGGAAGCAUAGAAAUUUCCAUCCAUGCCCAAGCUUCGGUAAUUAUACCACAAGUGGAUUUUUUGAAGAACAGUCAAAAUAAGACACAGUUUAUAAAUAUCCUUCGAACCUACUUUGAAGACGCAGGUAUAACUGUGCAUCAAGCACCCAGGGAUGCUGAUUAUCUUAUUACAAUGACAGCAGUAGAACUAUCCAUGAUAAAAAAACAUGUCACAGUUGUCUCAGAGGACACCGAUAUAAUGGUUUUGCUUAUACAUCAUGCAAAAAAUAAAAAUAUAUCCAUGCUUCGCCCAGGGAAAGCAGCAAAAGCAUCAAGGCAAGGACUCAAGUCCACAUUUAAUUUGGCUACUUUGCCCCCAACCGCAGACUCUGCAGAACAACAUGUUCUCAGGACAUACUUUCAGAUUCAAGAAUGGAUUGGCAACAACUUGGACCCUCUGCAAUACGGGUGGAAGAAAAAUAAGCAAGGUAACCUGAUACCUGUACAAUGUAAGGAAGCUGUAGUUCCCCCUGAUCUAUUGAAACUGAUUUUUUGCAAUUGCAAAGAAAGUAACUGCUCCAAAAACUGUUCAUGCAGAAAACUUGGACUUAAGUGUUCUUCCAAGUGUGGGCAAUGUUACGGAAUCAGUUGUUCGAACUGUUGUUUCGUGGUAGAUGAGGAGGAGGAUGACGGUCUGGAUGACGUCACACAGGAACUUUUUGAAGUUUAA